GAAUAUUUCUAAUGUCUUCCACUUCCAGUGAUUAAAUGUUCAUUAGAAAUUUAAAGUUUAUUGAUCAAUGAGAAUGUGUUCUUGCUAUUAUUCUGCCGUUGUCGCUGUUAUAUUACUUGAAACUAACUCAAAACAACAAUAUUAUCAUUUUAGCGCAAUAAGUUCUGGAACAAUAUAUCAUCCUGUAAAAUCUGUUAUCGUGACAGGCCUAGCUGGAAGUAAGAGUCUUAUAAACGUCUUCAGAACUGAAGAGGUUUUUUCGAUGAAGUCCACUUGCUUUCUAGUCAACCACUGAGGACUGCCGUGUUCUACAUGUUCUAGAUCUACACCCGCAAAUAAGAACAGUUCCUGUUUGCUGAGGAUGUGAGGAAAGCUGAGAUCAUAAGGUCUGAUGGUUUGAUUCAUUUCAUUCAGUCCUUUCAGCAAUAACAAAAAACCCAGUUUCUCUUGUGGCCCCCUGCUGUUUUGGCGCUCCGCUCUAACUGACCCAGAGGUCACGGCUUCUGUCAACUUAGAAUUAAAAUGUUUACAAGAACAAUGACAAUCGAAUACUCAUACUUUAAAAUUUGCUGUAGUUUUUUAACACGAGCAUCCACAUAAUAGUUGUUCUGGAACAAGAACCGGCACAUGUGGGUCUAGAUCAGUUCUAUAUAUUGUUUUUAAUUGAACAUAAGUUUUCUUAUUGGGACAUAAAAGAACUAACUCUAAACUGUGGAGCAUCGACCUUUCCAUCCCACAUAAACUCCUGUUUCUUAUUGUUAAAUAAAUGAUGUGAAAGUGAUAAUGUGAGAUUUUGUUUAGGACAUUUUGUUCAUUUAGUCAUUAAAUCCAAAAUGAGCUUGAAACAAACUGGGGCUUCAGUAGGGAAUCAGUGUCUUUCAUAAGGGACUUUUUAGCCUUUCAGUUUUUGGAAAUUCAAAGCUGAACAAGCAUGUUGGAGCAUGUUGGUCACAGACCCGGAGGUUGUCGGAUCGAACCCCGCUCCCUCCUUGACCCGGGAUAAUCGGGCCGCAGGCUGUAGAUGGUAGUAUCAAAUAUGUUGAGUCAGUCAGAAGUUUACAUACAAAAAGCUCAGUUUAUUCAGUUGUUGUUUUUUGUUUUGUUUUUUUUAUACUAAAAAUUUUUUUUUCAUAGACUUUCACCAGUUGUGUAAUUUCAUCAUGAACCUGUUAAACAACUUUGAACUUUUUAAAGAUCUCAUGUACGGUCUGUCAUAUAUUCUCUACACUGAACAUUUUUUAUAUAUGUAUAAAAAAAACCCAUAACAUUAAAGUACAUAAACAUGAGCCUUUUCUUGGUUUAUUUAAUUUAGCAAAUUCAUAGCAGAUCAAAUUCACGAGAAUUUGAUCUUUCAGCUGUAGAAAUGAGUUUCUAUAACUGACCACGUUACUCUGUCCGCUCACACACACACACACACACACGUCGCUAGGCAGCUUGGGGCCAGCUGCCCUGCUCAGGGGCAAGUUGACAUCAAACCCACAACCUUCCAGUUCCAAGGCGACUACAGACUGAGCAACGAUGGCUUGCGUCAGAAUUUCUUUUGAAGUCCUUUCUGGUUUGUUUUGUUUGUUUGUUGUUUCGUGCUAAUGGUUGGUUUUAUUCAAUUUUCUUUCUCACCAGGGAUGAAAGAUAUAUUUGUGGCUUUAAAAUAAUCUGUUUUACUUGAGGGGCAUUGUGUACCUUUUUUCUGGAACUACAGUAUAUUUAGAGAUAGUCUCUGGGUUUUUCUUGAACAUAAUUAGUAAACUACUUCUUCUAGAAAAGUUGUAUUGAAGUCCAUUGAUCAUAACGAGCUGAACCAGAGCAGGUAAAGACAACAUGGUCUCUCCAAGGUGAAGUGUGGAAGAAGAACCGGAUGACACGCACUGAAGCACAGAGGGAGGGACUGGGUCACUAUGGAAACCACUCUGACUGUUCUGAGAAGCAGCAAAUUGAGGCGAAAGCUGAAGCGGUCCAACUGUGUGAACGUCUGCUGCUGUUUGCCGACGACCAGGAGGCGUUCUGCCUGAGGGAAGUCCACUUUGGUUCUGCUUGGUAUUCUGUGUUGAACUCUUAAGAAUUUGGAAUCUUUUCAUAUUUUUUUUCCCAUCUUGGGAGCUGAUGAGCAGCAGAUGGACCUGGAGCUGUAGGGUCAACUUUCUCCUGAGAUCAGGUCAACAACAGGUCACUGACAUGGGCGUCCACAUCCAAGACGGCGCGCAGGUGUGAAAACUACAAACAAUUCUCCUGAUGGAUUCCUGGAGAUGAGCUAACCUAGCUUCAUCCCGCCCAUGUCAUCCAGAGCUGAAGAGUUUCCAGACAUCAGUGCCACUAUGCUCCAGGAUGUCCUUAGCUCCUUGUCUCCUUCCACUUCCCCCAUGACUCCUCCAGCUUCAUCCUGCAGUAUUAAUGAAUCUUAUAAGUACAUCUUCCUCCCCAUUUGUUACUCUUUUACCUUCAUAUUUAGCAUUACUUUGAAUUCUAUCAUCCUCUACCGUUCUUUCCGUCAAGCCAAGCGCUGGAAUGCUUCCCUCAUAUACAUGGUCAACCUGGCCUCCACAGACUUUAUGUAUGGACUGUCUUUGCCAUUUCUUGUGGCUAGUUACAUAAUGCGUGACCGCUGGGUGUUUGGGGACUUCAUGUGCCGCCUGGUUCGCUUCCUCUUCUACUUCAACCUCUAUUGCUCCAUCUUCUUCCUCACUUGCAUUUCUGUUCACAGAUACCUGGGUAUCUGCCACCCGAUAAAAGUGAUCACCCUGGAGACCAAGAGAGCUGUCAAGAACACUUGUGUGUUGGUGUGGAUCGUGGUGUUCGCUUUGACUUGCCCUAUUUUCCGGUUUGCCCAGACAAGCUAUGUGACCAGAAUGGCAGAAACGUGGACCAAUGCAAGUAAAACUGUUUACAACAAGAGUCACAACAUGCCAUCAUCAAGGGGCAACAUCAGCUAUAAUAGCCUGGGAUUGCCCCAUGAGGAAUACCAGAACUGUUGGGACGAUGCCAUAGACAAAGAAUUUCUUGACUACAUUCCCUAUGGGAUUAUUCUACAUUUAAUUGGCUUUUUUUUACCCUUUUUCAUAAUUGCUUGGUGUUACUCUCGUGUAGUCCUCACCAUAUUUAAGACCCUGCAUUCCCAACCCUCAUACCGCAAAGGACCCAGAAAUAGUAACAGCGAGGUUGUGGAGAGAAGAGGCAGAAGUGGCUCUGCAGCAGGUGGAAGAGGAAGCAACGGCUUGUUAAGGGGGGUAGAAAAGGAUGAAGAGAUUUCUGUUUUCCUGGGAGCUCGUUCUCCGUAUGCGAGCCGCAGACGUAAAUCCAUCAGGACCAUCAUCACCAUCACCUUGCUCUUUGCUUUGUGUUUUUUCCCUUUCCAUGUGACCAGAACCAUCUUUCUGCUGCUGAAAGUCACCGGGAAAGUUCCCUGUGAAACCAUGACGACAGUGUCGAUGUGCUAUAAGGUGACACGGCCGCUGGCGUCCUUCAACGCGUGGCUAAAUGCUCUUCUAUAUUUUCUGACCAAAGACAAGGUGGGAGCUCACUGCUGUCCAGCAGGGAGAACUAAAAGCCCACAGCAGGCUGGACCGCUGCUGCCGCUGAGAAUGAUGGGAAAAGGAGAUGGUCCAGUUGGGGAAACUAUGGGAGUCCAGAUUAACAACGAGGAAGAGAAAGAAUUUCACCAUCUGUCACACAAAAACGUAUGAUAAAAAACACUGAAUGAUAGAUAGAUAAGUAGAUUGGUUGACUGAAUGAAAUAGUGCCAAAGCUAUUAACACAAAUACUGUGUCGUCUCUUGCUAAAUGAUAUUGAUGAUGGUAUAAAUUACAAAAAUAAUACAUUUUUAAACAUGCUGUUUAUCAUCACAUAGCUCAACUUUGUAGUUAUUUACAUUUGUAUGAUGUUUAUACCAUUAUGGAAGCUGCAGUUUGUGUGUGACCAUUUAAAGAGAGCAGGAAUAUUAAACUGAAAGAGUUCAAGCAUCACAGAAAUCUAACGUUGUCUUGGUCUCACCUUUCUUAACCCUUUGGUGGAGGAUUU